UGUUUAUCUUCAGCUUAGUGGUGGACGCUCUUCUACCCCCCCACCCCCCCGGGGGAGUAGUCAAAGCUUUUUUUCCAAGCCAACAAUGGAGUCGGAGCUCCAAAUUCCUUCACCUGCUGCAAUCGUUUCCUUCUUCCUCUUGGUAGUUUGCAUAUUUUGGAGAUUUAAGACCAAAAAUCCAAACUCAAAGUUGCCUCCCGGGCCACCUAAGAUACCUAUCCUUGGGAAUAUGCACCAGAUUGGAGCCAUGCCUCAUCAAAACCUGGCGAAAUGGGCAAAGAAAUAUGGGCCUCUAAUGCAUCUAAAGCUUGGGGGACUCUCAAGCAUAGUGGUAUCCUCUCCUGAAAUGGCCAAAGAAGUGAUGAAAACCCAUGAUAUCAUCUUUGCAAAUCGGCCUUAUGUUCUUGCUAUGGAUAUCAUCACGUAUGGCUCCAAGAGCAUGAGCUCCUCUCCGUAUGGGAGUUACUGGAGGCAGAUGAGGAAGAUUUCCACCUUUGAACUUCUGACGCCGAAGCGUGUGGAAUCUUUUCGACCCAUUCGGGAAGAAGAGGUUUCAAAACUUGUCAAGGAGAUAGCUCUGAGUGAAGGGUCAGUAAUCAGUCUUACGAAGAAGGUCAAUUCAAUGGCCUAUGGCAUGACCGCUAGGAUAGCUUUUGGAAGGGAAUGUAAAGAUCAGGAAGCUUAUAUAGAACUUAUGAAGGAAGUUCUGAAGUUAGUAGGAGGGUUCUCUCUGGUUGAUUUGUAUCCAUCCAUUGGAGUUCUUCAAGUAUUGACAGGUUUAAGGUCUAAGGCUGAGAAGGUUCAUCAAGAAAUGGACAGGAUACUUGGGAGCAUUGUAAGAGAUCACAAGGACAGAGAUACACAAACAGAAGCAAUCCAUGAAAAAGCAGAAGAUAUCGUUGAUGUUCUGCUGAAGCUUCAGAAGCAGGACAACCUUGAACAUCCUCUGUCUGAUGAAAUGAUCAAAGCAACCAUUUUGGACAUAUUCAAUGCUGGAAGUGAAACUUCAUCAAAUACCAUAGAGUGGACAAUGGCAGAGUUGGUAAAAAACCCAAGGGUAAUGGAGAAAGCACAAGCUGAGGUGAGAGAAGUCUAUGAAGGAAAAGGUUAUGUAGAUGAAGCAAGUGUUGAUGAACUGAAGUACUUGAAGUCAAUCAUCAAAGAAACAUUGCGUAUGCAUCCUCCGGUUCCAUUGUUACUCCCAAGGGAAUGCAGUGAGAGCUGUGAGAUUAAUGGGUAUGAGAUUGCACCUAAAAGCAAGGUGAUGGUUAAUGUAUGGGCAAUAGGGAGGGAUCCUGAGUAUUGGCUUGAAGCUGAGAAAUUUUACCCAGAAAGAUUCAUUGAUAGCUCAGUGGAUUACAGAGGAGCAGAUUUUCAGCUCAUUCCAUUUGGUGCUGGAAGGAGGAUGUGUCCUGGCAUAACAUUUGGUAUUGCUAAUGUUGAACUUUCACUUGCAAAUUUGCUAUUCCAUUUUGAUUGGAAGAUGCCUAAUGGGGAAAAUCCUGAAGAUCUAGACAUGAAUGAAUCCUUUGGCUUGUCUGUAAAGAAAAAAUAUGAUUUGGAGCUAAUUCCUGUAAAGUAUGGCUCAUCUGCAAUUUAAGACUAUAUAGUAAAUUUAAGCCAUCUGAGACCAACUGAUAAGGAUGAGGUGGAGUAUGGUAGAGGGUUGGAGUUUAAACCCUGACGAUGUGUGUGUGUGUGUGUGUGUAAUCUGUGCAAUUAAUAAGUUCUUGUUGUCACCAAGUA